AUGGCGCGCAAGGCGAUCGUCUUCGGCAUGCGCGUGCGCUACUAUAACCGCUCGCGGCUGGACCCGGAGCUGGAGGAGGAGUGCGGCGCCGAGUAUGUGAGCUUCGACGAAUUGCUGGCGCAGAGCGAUGUGCUGAGUCUGAAUCUGCCGUUGAAUGCGCGUGACGUGCCCCUUUCCAAUUCCGCCCAUCCAACCCCCGUAUUAUGA